AUGCCCAACACCUCGGCAUCUCCCGACGAGGACGGGCUCGCGCAGUUCCUCGAGCAGGCCGAGCAAGCGUUCGCUUCGGCAUGGAACGCGCUCGCGACCAUGUCCCCGCAACUGAACGCCCUGCCGAGCGAGAUCCACGAUUCGCUCAACGAGAUCUACAACCGACUGACCAACAACGGCACACUGUCGGUGCUGCCUUCGUCCUGGACCGAGACCCCCGUCGCGUGGGCUUACGACUCGUCUUCGCCAUCGGCAGCCUCGCCCGCGCCGGCCGUGGUCGCGGCCCCACCUGCGUCGUCGUCGCCGAUCGCGUUCGUCGGCCGUCACCCUUACCUCGUCGCGUUCGUCGUCACGUCCGGUGGGCUCGGAACGGCCUACUACCUCAACCCGGGCGCGACCUCACGCGUAUUGCGACCCGUGACCUCGCGUCUGCCCGUCGAGCUCGCGAGCUUAUCGCCGCGCUCAUGGGUCAAGCGCGCCCGAGGCGGCCCCGUGCGUCCGGCGAGGUUGCUCCAGCAUGGCCACAUCGAGAUACGCAAGGAAGCCGUCCUCGUCCUCGGCUGCGACUCAUCUCUCUUUGCCGACCUCGCCCUCGACCUCGAAGCGAGGGGGUUCGUAGUCAUCGCGACCGUUUCCAACCCCAACGCCGUCGAUGCGCUCGAAAAGCGUUCACGAGGCUGGCUCAAGGUCCUCGUCCUUGAUGGCAACGAUGCCACUUCGGUCGCACCUUUCCUGCGAUCGCUCGCUACGGCCUUGUCACUGCGUUUCCCUCUCAGGUCCGCUGGGGACCCCUUUGCUCGACCCGCGCAUGCGCUCGUCCUUUCGGCGUGCAUCAACGCCCUCUCCAUCGACGCCGACAAGAACGAUCUGACCCCUGUCGAGGCCAUGGAUAUCGACACGGUGCGGCGGUACGUCGGCGAGAAGAUUGCGACUUUUACCGGCAUCGUCCGAGGCGUCGUGCCAAUCCUGCGCUCGGCAGCGAACCGACCAGAGGCUCCCAGCGGCGUUUUCCUUCAUUUGGGUUCGUCGGUCCAGCUCAGAAUCUACACAGGCAUUCGUGUCACUGACUCUAAACUCUGACCGUUCAUAGCACCCUCGACGUCCCCUCUUUCCCUCCCCUUCGACUCACUCGCCUCGGCCUCGGACGCGGCCAUCUCUUCACUCCUUACCUCGCUCCGACGAGAACUGCACGCGACCUCCUCUCCCUCCAACAUCCGCGUCAAGUCCCUCUCUCUCGGCCUAUUCGACAUCCAAGCCUCACCAACAUCGACAAGAAAGACCGCCGAGAACCUCUCGACGCGCAUCUCAUCCCUCUACUCGACCUCACUCUCGACCCGCUCGACCGUCCUCACGACUCAUCACCGCAAAGGAACCUUCCCUAAACGACUCCACUCGCGUGUAUUCCACAUCCUCACCCGUUCUGCGGUAGCUUCACUUUGGAUCCCUUCGUGCGUAGGAGCAGGUGCGUGGACCCAUCGAGUGGCGACGAAUUGGUACCCCCAGUGGGUGAUGGAUUCGUUCUUGAGGAUGCAGAAUUGGCUUUAUACGAUGUACUUCUCGAGGAGGAUUGGCGGGUCGAGCUCACCGGCUUCGACGUCGACGAGGUUGGGGGGUGGGGCAGUGGGUUCUGUUCCUCCUUCGUAUGCAUCGGCGACAAGUCAUCAUCGCCAACGACCUCCUCUCCCACCGACACCUACGACUUCCGCACACACAUCCGCAUCCGCAUCCGGUCAAGGUCAUCAGAACCCUCCUUCUCUUCGCCCGGGAGGUGCAUCGAGGGAAAAGUCAACCUCGACCCCCGCCACGAGCUCCCGAGCUGCAUCAACCGCUUCGUCCGAGGAAUCGGGGACGGAGGACUUGCUCUCUUCUUCGAUGCACGAUGAUGCAGGGAUGGGUAGUUUCGUGCAUGUUCCUUCGACGAGUAGUUCGCAGCAAGGUUUGUUUCGACAGGAGGUGUGA